GUUGCAAACUGGAUAACGAGAAAAAAAUUAAAUCAAGUAUGAAACGUUCUAUGGCUACCAUUCUCCUAAUCAUCCUCAUCUCUAUAUUUCAAUUAGGGGUCUUCUCCUCCCACACUAUCCCCGAUCAAGAUACUAGUUACUUGAAGUUUGUACACGAAGCCAAUGAGUUACCAGAAACAGGGGAAUAUGAUUACAUAAUAAUAGGAGGAGGAACAGCAGGAUGCCCAUUAGCUGCGACAUUGUCAUCAAAAUAUUCAGUUCUCCUUCUUGAACGAGGCAGUGACCCUAACAAAUAUCCCUCUGUGUUAAAUGAACAAGGCCUAUUGAAUGCUUUUGUUGCGGAAGAUGAUGGCCAAAAUCCCUUUCAACAUUUCAUCUCUGAGGAUGGUGUAGAGAACAUAAGAGGGCGUGUUCUUGGCGGUGGUAGCAUGAUCAAUGCUGGCUUCUACUCGAGGGGUCAUCGUGAGUUCUUUGAAACUGCAGGUGUUGAUUGGGAUAUGGAAUUGGUGGAGAAGGCUUAUCAAUGGGUUGAACAAACUGUGGUAUCUAGGCCUAGUUUGAGUGCUUGGCAGUCUGCUUUUAGGGGUGCAUUAUUAGAAGCUGGGGUUGGCCCUGAUAAUGGAUUUGAUUUAAAGCAUCUUGUUGGAACUAAAACUGGAGGAUCCAUCUUCGAUAACAAAGGAAACAGACAUGGAGCUGUAGAACUUCUCAACAAGGCUGAACCCCAAAACCUUAAAGUUGGAACUCAGGCCAUAGUCGAAAGAAUCAUCUUCACUGGUUUAUCAGCAAGUGGGGUUUCAUAUUCUGAUCCAAAAGGAAAGUUGCAUACAGCAUUCAUCCGUGAGAAAGGUGAGAUAAUUCUAAGCGCUGGAGCCAUUGGAAGCCCUCAACUUCUCCUUCUAAGUGGGGUUGGCCCAAAAUAUCAUCUUUCAUCCUUAAAACUACCUGUCGUCCUCCACCAACCACAUGUGGGCGAAUUCAUGUCCGACAAUCCCCGUUUCAGUCCCACAAUCGUUCUUCCAUUCCAACUAGUUGCUUCAUCUGCACAAGUGGUUGGAACAUUAGCCAACAAUAUCCAUUUACAGUCAUUUGCUAGCCCUUUACCAUUUUUUGCUCCACCGUCUUUUAGUCUUCUCCCUCCUCAAUCCACUUCCAUCAUCCCCAGCUUAGCUAUUUUUGUUGGAAAAUUCUCUGAUGUCCUUUCUGAGGGAUCACUCCGAUUGAAUUCCUCCAUUGAUGUGAAGGAGAGUCCCAUUGUUCGAUUUAAUUAUUAUUCAAAUCAUGAUGAUCUUGCUCGAUGUGUCAGAGGAGUAAGAAAAGUGGGAGAUUUGCUUAAAACUCAAACUAUGGAAAAGAUUAAGAACCAAGAUUUGGAGGGUAAUAAAGGAUUUCAGUUUUUAGGGCUUCCCUUGCCGGAAAAUUUGUGGAAUGAUAGCGCCGUUGAAGAAUAUUGUCAGAAGACGGUGACGACUUAUUGGCAUUAUCAUGGAGGAUGUUUGGUUGGAAAAGUGGUCGACCAUAACCACAAAGUCAUCGGAAUUGAAAAUUUACGUGUAGUUGAUGGCUCCACUUUCUCUGUCUCACCGGGAACUAAUCCUAUGGCCACCCUCAUGAUGCUCGGCCGGUAUGUUGGCCUAAAAGUACUGCAACAAAGAUCAAGUUAAAGAGUGCAGGCUAACAAGACCACAUUUUGUGCAGCAUUCUUGUCUUUUAUGUUUCUUUUUUUAUUUUCUUUUUGAAAUAGCAUUCUUGGUUGUGGGCCAUAUAUCUUGUCAUUAACUAUUAUUAAUGGGAAUAGAAAUGGUUUUUUUCCUCUUAAGUU